AUUUCUUUAUUUAUUAUGUUUACAAUCGACAGCCUGUUUGUUGCCAAGACAACAAUUUUUGAAAAGACGUUCAUUCGAUACACAAGGGAAGUUGUUCAAUUGAAGCUAAGAGAUCGACGAUGGCGGUCGCAGCCUCAAGAGUCAACGGACCCAACCUCACUCCGCUAUCCAAAGCCGACGAAAACUACCACAGACCCACUGAUCUCAAAGCUUUUGAUGACACCAAAACCGGCGUCAAAGGCUUAGUCGACGCCGGAAUCACCGAAAUUCCUCGUAUCUUUUACCGCCCACCGGAGAAUUAUGACUCGGACAAUGUUUCCGGCGAAACCCAAAUCCACAUACCAGUGAUAGACCUCGACCAGAUCAACAAAAAUUCACUCAAACGCAAAUACACCAUCGACAGAGUCAGAGAAGCCUCAGAGAAAUUGGGUUUUUUCCAACUGAUUAACCAUGGGAUUCCGGUGGACGUUCUCGAGGAGAUGAAAGAUGCAGUUCGGAGAUUUCACGAACAAGAAGCGGAAUCCAGGAAACAAUAUUAUACUCGCGACCUCACCAAGCCUUUGAUUUACAACAGUAAUUUCGAUCUGUAUUCUGCAGCCACCACCAAUUGGAGAGAUACCUUUGGGUAUAUAAGUGCCCCAAAUUCUCACAAUCCACAAGAUCUGCCGGAAAUUUGCAGGGAUGUUCUAGUGGAUUACUCGAAACGAGUGAUGGAGAUUGGGAAUUUACUGUUUGAAUUGCUGUCGGAAGCUUUGGGUUUGAACCCAAAUUAUUUGAAGGAUAUAGAUUGCAAUGAAGGGCUUGCACUUGUAUGCCACUAUUACCCACCAUGCCCACAGCCGAAUUUGGCCAUCGGCACAUCGGAGCACACCGACAAUGACUUUAUCACAGUGCUAUUGCAAGACCACAUUGGCGGCCUUCAGAUUCGCUAUGAGAACAAGUGGGUCGACGUGCCCCCUGUCGCCGGAGCUUUAGUGGUCAACAUCGGAGAUCUUAUGCAGCUGAUAACAAACGACAAAUUCAAAAGCGUUAAGCACAGAGUUCUUGCAAACAAGGUGGGUCCGAGAGUAUCAGUUGCAGGCGUUUUUUCGACGCUCUCUUUCCCAACUGACAAAUUGUAUGGACCUAUCAAAGAGUUGGUAUCAGAAGAAAAUCCUGCAAUAUACAGAGAAACCACCAUUAGAGACUUCAGUAUCCAGUUCCGUUCGAACGGACUUGGAACUUCUAUUUUGCAGCAUUUCAAGCUGAAUCAAGCAGAUGCUUAAUUAGUUGUUAACAGAGGAAAGUAAAGAAAACAGAGUGGUUGAUUCUGUGUGUUCUCUAUUUUGAUUGAACUUGUGACUAUAGCUGAAGAACAUAACUGAAACUUGUUCAAUGGUGUACCUUGUUGUCAAUGUAAGAUUGUAAGAUGAAUAUGAAUAAAUAAUAAAAUUGUUGUGUCA